UCGCGCCUUCGCGUUUUUAUUUUUUUAUUGCUUUGCUCCUCCUUUCUCAUUAUAUUCGACCGAAUGCCGCGCAUUUGUCGCUGGAUGUGGUUGAUGUGGUCGUCCGUGUGUUUUCCGCCGCAAAGAGCAGCGAAAAAUAAUCUUACGCUGUUCGUGUCCGACACAGAGCUUGGAGUAGGAGAGAAUCAUGGCGUACCCCACGCACUGCUGCUGCAUGACGGUCCGCACAGGCACCAAAGUGUUGGCCAUCCUUAAUGUUAUCGCCUCCCUGAGUGGCCUCAUAGGCUAUGCCGUGGUGGCGGUCAACUACAAGGAUGAUCUGGCGACCUAUGACAAGUUUCCCGAGGUCAAGAACUUGGAAUCCGCAUUUGGCAGGGUCCUCGCUUACACCGUCAUCUGCGCCAUCGGGCUCAUCGUGGCCAUCCUCUGUGUCAGGGGUGCUUUCACGGAUGAGCGACUCUACAUCCUGCCUUACCUGGUGUUUCAUGCUAUGGUCCUCGUGGUCCUGGCGAUCCUUUUUUUCAUCAUGAUCAGCACCGUCCCGAGCAGCACCCAAAGCCAGGUUCUUGGAAUCAUCUGCUCUCUCUUUGUCUCGUUGUGCAUUGGGUGCUACUUCUUUGUGGUGGUGCUGUCCUUCUACAAGCAGCUGACAAAUGCUGCAAACAAGUCGGCCAUUAGUAUGGUGCCUGCGGCUCAGUCUCUCUACCCUGGCACCUAUGUGCCACCUAUGAGCUACAGUCCCGUUGUCCCGGCACCCCAGCGCUUCUCGGACUCCAAGACAAGCCUUGUGUGAAAAGCCCGAACCCGUCUGGUUACCUUUUUUGUUGUUGUUUUACUGCUUAGUUAUUGUAGCUGAC